AUGACCACCCGACAUCCCCUCCCCGCACCCUUCUCCACCUCCACCACCCCCCUCACCCUCAUAACCCAAGGCGCCGAAGCCCUCCUCUACAAAACCACCUUCCUCACCCCCACCACGCCCGCCGCGCUCAAAAUCCGGCCCUCCAAACCCUGGCGCCACCCAACCCUCGACAAACGCCUCACCCGGCAGCGCAUCCUCGCCGAAGCCCGGGUCCUCGCGAAGUGCAAGAAAGAGGGCGUCAGUGUCCCCGCGGUGCUCGCAUUGGACUGGGAGAACGGGUGGACGGUGUGCGAGUGGGUGGAGGGUGUCACUGUCAAGGAGGCGUUGAGGGGGAGGGAUGUAGCACAGGAAGGGGAGUUGAGGAAGUUGUUGGAAGCGAUUGGACAAGCGGUGGGGAGGUUGCAUGCUUGUGGGGUGGUGCAUGGGGAUCUUACUUCGAGUAAUAUGAUGAUUCGGCGAGCACCAUCACAAUCACAAUCACAAAAAGAAGAUAAAGGGACGGGGUCUCCUUCUUCGUCGUUGGAAGGCGAAAUCGUCCUCAUUGAUUUCGGGCUCGCGACGCAGGCGACGCAGGAGGAGGAUCGCGCGGUGGACCUCUAUGUGCUGGAGCGGGCUUUUGGGAGCACGCAUCCGAGGGAGGAGGGGCUGUUUGAGGAGUGUAUGCUCGGGGCUUAUGGGGGGAGUUAUAAGGCGGCGAGGGGGACGUUGAGGCGGUUGGAGGAUGUGAGGAUGAGGGGACGGAAGAAGAGUAUGCUUGGGUGA